AUGUGUCAGGAGGGUGAGGUCAUGAUCGCAGUCCCAUUGGACCUGAUGAUCACAAUUGAUUCUAUCCCGGCGUCUCUCAUCAAGCAGUUCCCUCCUGGGACAUCAAUUCAUGGAAUCCUUGCUGCGUUUCUAACAGAGGGAGAUCAUGAAUUCCUGAAGAGGUGGGAUUUAUGGCGCAAAGUCUGGCCAUCACGCAAGGACUUUGAAGACAGUAUGCCCAUCCUGUGGCCGGAGAAUUUGCGGAGGUCGAACUCCGAGUUUCAGCAGAUUCCCUGCGAGAGGCCCUUUCUACUGCCUCCUUCAGCUUCUGGCAUUUGGAAUGCAUUUGAAACCAACCAGAAAAAUAGAAAAUUCGAGUCCAAGAGCCAGAACCUGCUUGCCCAGCAGGAGAAAAGACUCCAGGACGCAUGGCGGAACGUGCUCACCGUGUUUCCUAACAUGGAUCGGGAUAGAUUCUCCUUUCACUGGUUAAUUCUGAACACAAGAAGCUUCUACUACGUUAAGCCCGGGCAAGAACCUCCUGAGGACUGGAACGACGCCAUAGGUCUUGUGCCAUUUGCAGAUUAUUUCAAUCAUUCGGAUGACGCUCGGAAAGGGAAGAGCUUGCCUCCCAGCAAGGACUAG